GAGAUAUUUUUUACAAUUAGUCUGACUGUCGCCUUCGCUUCCUGAUGUCUUUCUAAGUAAGAAAAGAAAAAUGAUGAAGAAACGUUUCACAAUCUUGUUGCUCGUAUGCGUGUUCGCUUAUACCGUCCUGGGUAACUGUCUGUUUGAGAACGAGACUCUAAGUGUGGGUGAACACAUUCGUCGAUGUUUACGCAUUACUUGUUACCCGCAAGGUUCAAUAUCAUUACUUGCGUGUCCUUUAUACCAAUGUCCGGAAGGGAAGCAAAUCGGUUAUCGCGACGUGGAUCCCAGCAAGCCUUUCCCAGAGUGCUGCGAAGGACCGAUUUGUAAAGAGGAAGGAUCCUAAGAAAAUUUUUAUACAUGAUAAGAUCUUCUCUUAUAUCAAAUAUUUUCCUAAAAUAAAAAUAUCGUUCUCGUAAACUUAAAAAGAUACAAGAUCGCUUCUUUUCUGUUAUUAAAAUUUCGAAUUCCGCAAAGAUAAAUAAAAAACAUUAGCAUUAACUCAAUUAAAUCAUUGUCCGAAGUCUCGUUUGCUCGUGAAAUUUCGCGAAAUUGACGAGAAAUAACAACGUUCUUCAAAAAUACAA